UCUGAAAAAUAUUAAUGCAGUCAUGCCACCCUUGCCUGAGGAGAACAACCCUUAAAAACAGAACUGCAUUUUUCCGUAAUUGUCCUUAAUACGGCAUCCAUAUUCAGCUGAUCUUAAUAGAUUGCUUUUAUUGUUGUCCUAAUUCUCUGUCUUCGAUUCAACAGGCAUGAACAGGCUACACGUAUGGAAUCUUUGAGCUGUAAUAUCGAAUACAUUUUUGGAGCGGGUGGAGGGUAGCCAUUUGUGAGCGUAAACUGGCCUGAGUUUCGAUUAUCAGGGUUUUCCAUUGGGCAGGGACAGAGCUAGAGGCUAAACUCCUGCUAUUGUUGCUUAAUAUACUUCAUCUGCAAUGAUUCAUAAACAACAAAAUGAUUCGAAAUAACUCUCUGAAUCUAAAUCAAUUACAAUUACAAACUAUUUGAUUAACAAAUUACAUUGUGCUAAAAAGCCUAUACUGUUUAAUAGCAGGUUAAUCUGUGACAAUUUACCCCUUUUUGAGUUCUCCCGUUGACCUUUACUUGACAAUAUGGACGAAUAUGUUCAAUAGUUUUUUCGCCACCAAAACUUUUAAGUAAAAUAAUGAUAAUAAUAAAAUUAUAUUUCGAUUUACCUACACGAUGAAACUUAAUUAUCCCCAGUCUACACUAUAUACCGUAAAUAUAUAAUCAGUGUUGUUGGGAAAGCUACUUCGGAAAUGUUAUAGGUUACAGAUUACAAAUAAUUAUUUUAAAUGUUACUAGUACUAUUUCAAUUACUUUAUCAAAGUAAUGUAACUGAUUACAUUUGAUUAGGCUAAAUUUCUAACAAAAGUUUUCAACUGAUAACCAUUUUCAAACCUUUGAACCAGGCAGGGUUAACUUUACAGUACUCUACAUUGAUUACUGUCAGAUUUUCUAGUUCCAUCAUCAUUUGAAUUAAGAUUAUAAUAAUGUAUUUUUAAAGAACUGCCACCACAAACUAACUAUGAGCUACUCUGAGAUCAUUCAGAUGUUAAAUACUUUUUUUUUUAAUUUACAAGGAAUAGUUUAAUAGCUGUGAUACUGUUUUUGAAGUCAAAUAUUUGCAUUGCUAUGACAUUCAGAUGUAACCCCCUUUGUAAUAAUUAACAUUUUCAUAAGUAACUAUAGUAGUUAACAUUUGAAGUGGAUCAAAAAAGUGAAUGAAAGUUGUCCUAAGACAAAAACGCGUUUUAGGUUUUGAUCCAUUUCGAAUGUUGACUAGUGUAAUUUUAUUACACUUUUCUUCUCGGUAAGUGUAACUGAUUACGGUUUCAUUUAUUUUUUAAUUAAAUCACGUACCUCCGUUACACGUAACUAGUUACUCCCCAACACACUGCAUAUAAUAGGCAGAAAAUGUAGAAUACAAAUGACACUAAAUGUAUUACUCGCAGUAGUAUUCCUGAAGAGAAACCUCCUUUGGAGUCUCAGGUCUGAGGGGUCUGUAUUCGCGCGCCCUCUACUGUCCCGUAUGAAAACUGUACUCAGUUCAGACACCUUACUUACCAUUAAAAAAAAAACUUGGCACCAGUUGGCCGCCCGGCGUCUCCAUCCCGCUGGAAUCUCAGGAAUACAAAGUUCUUAUCUCGCUCCACACGUUGCUUGUCGGUGACUAUUAACAAACAGGAUUGUGUUCGCGUGAGCGAGCGGGCGGGAGGCGGAGAGCGCGCGUAUAUAAGCGCUCCUGUAUAGGAGUGUUCUCUGGACUACAGAAAGAUGCAUGAGUGCAUUGAGAAGACUGCAGCUUAAUAGUGCAAAACAGAACAUUUUGAGCAGUUUGCGAAUUUAUUGGAUUAUCACAAUUUGUGUCGAAUCAGGGACUUGCGUCAUAUUAAAUAAAAUGAAUCUGAGGAUUAUUUUCCCAGUGUUGUCCAUGCUGUCAUCUGGAAUUUUUGACCUGGCUGCUCCAGCAUCUUUGGGUCAUGGCACAGCACAAGGCACGUCCAUCUCUGUGCGACACUCCAGGACUAAGAGAUGUUCCUGCGCGAGUUUUAUGGAUAAAGAGUGUGUCUACUUUUGCCACCUGGACAUAAUAUGGGUCAACACACCAGAGCGAACAGUGUCAUAUGGACUUGGAAACGCUCCACGUAAGAAGCGCUCAGUAACAGAACCUGUUGUGCCCAAGUCACGCUGCAAAUGUGCAGAUACCCAAGACAAAACAUGCUCUUCAUUCUGUCAGCUGAACAAUGCGCAUAAAGCAGCAUCAGACAAGGCAAUCCAUGCCGCCCAGGGCCAAGAUUGUACCGAGAAGCAUUGCAAACACAAGCUGGCAGACAAACCGACAAAGAUUAAACGAGUGAAAAACACAGAACAGAUUGGUGACAUCCUCUCCAGGGUGAGGGCUAUCAAGAGGAUCCAUCUUCUCCUAGAGAAAUGGCGAAUGAGACAGCACCACAGGGCACGAGCGUGGACGUCUGAAAACGCUGCCUCGUAGAGAUCUGGCCCAGCUUUAGCCCUUUGCUGAUCCACCACAGGAUUGACCUGAAUAAAAGGCUCCUCUCUGUUCAUUCAUCACACAUGUCUUGUGUAUUCAUGCCAUUGGGUGCCGUCAGGUGUGCUGGAAUACCUGCAGAUGCAAGUGUCUUGGAUCGUGGUGUUUGUCAUGUGGUCUCCACCCAGGUGUGUCGGCAUCACUGUGGAGUUGUGGAGCUCAAUGGGAUGAAAAACCAAGGAAGAUGCUGACUAAAACAAACCUAAAUUAUAAAUACUAACCUCUAUCAACUCUAAACGUUUCUGAACUAGACCUUUGGUGCAUGGGAUAACUAGUUGGACAAACCAAGUGGGACAUUUAAAUUAAACUGAUUGCAUAUAAAGACUAUGCAUUGAAGAUACUUGUUGCACAGGAGGAAUAUGCUGUAACUACAUGAAACUGUGGAAUCAGGGAUUCCAGGAACCUAAAGCGAUGUGAGACGCCCAUCAGAGGACACUGAACAUCCAGCCACUGCAUGCCAAAGACUCUUUCUUGGAUCUUGUUACUGGACUCAUUCACUUUAUUCACUGUAAACCGAUGAAGCUCUGAAAAUGCAUCAAUGCAUCAAUGGAAUUGCUAUUUUUUGCAUUUAUGUUAAAUAUUUAUCUUUAGCCAUAUUGGUUAAUAAGAUUUUUCUUAAUGUUAUUUCCAUGAAAUGAUAACAUUUAAAUGACAUUAAUGUGGUAAACAUUGUUAGGUAAUAAUAAAUAUUUAGAUUUAUUUAAACAACUUCA